AUGUAUGAAUUUCAAUACUCAUAUAUGCUACCUAAAUAUCGGCAAAAUGUUCAAUUACUGUACACCGAUACUGACUCUUUCAUCUACAAUAUUAAAACUAACAAUUUUUAUGAAGACAUUAAAUGCGAUUUGCAAGCUAGAUUCGACACCUCUGAUUUUUCAAAGGAUAACAUUUACAAUCUUCCUUUAGUUAAUAAAAAAAAUGUUGGUUUAAUGAAAGAUGAAAGUAAUGGUCGCAUUAUCAGAGAGUUUAUAGGUCUACGAUCAAAAAUGUACAGUUACAUUAUACAAGAUGAUGAUGAUGAUAGUCACUUGACUAUUAAAAAAAGAAAUAAAGGCAUGUUCACGCGCACGGCACAUGAUCUGCGCCGGCGGGAGUGGGGCGCGGGCGCCGCGGCUGCGACCGACCGGCAGUUACAAUUACGGACGCACGGCGCGCGACACGAAUAA